AUGAUAUUUACAUCGAAAGGCAAAACAAAUAAAUCAAAGACACAACGACAGCUUUUGGUUGUGAGAAUUGUGGAAUUCAUGCAGAAAUUGUCAGCAAAGAAAAGCAGCGAACGUCUUAAUAAACAGAGCAAUGAGAAGCAGCAGCAAAAGAUGUUUGUUGAGAAAAUGGCGAAAACUUUCUUUGCUUGCCUUCAAAGUCAACAAUUUAUGUGCUUGGAGUGGUGGUUGAAGAAAUGCUUUCGCAUCAUUACUUAUGCUUGCUCUCAUACUUGCUUGUUCGUAUUCAAUGUUCAGUCUUCCAGUUUUCUUUCUCGUCGUGUGGAAAUAAGCGCCUUUGUUGCUUUUGUUCCUUUUCGGAGAAUGGAGAAUGGAGAAUAUAUCGAAGCAAGUGACAUUAAUCUCAUACCAACCACCCACGCAAAAGUUUAA